UAAAAGAAAAAGAAAAAUAUGGAGAAAUUUUGAUCUUUUAAUGUGAAAACUUUCCAGGCCUUAACCUGCUACAGGCUGUUUUUUGGCAGCUACUGAAACAGAAUGUGAUGCUGAUGCAUGUCUGAGUAUCAUCAUCUGAGAAUGUGUUGUGCAUUAGAUACAACAAGAGAGUACUUCAUGGAUUCAUUUGAGUUGGAAUGGACCCUUAAAGGACAUCUAGUCCAACUCCCCUGCAAUGAACAUGUACAUCUACAGCUAAAUCAGUGUGCUCAGAGCCCCAUACAGCCUGACCUUGAAUGUCUCCAAGGACAAGGCAUCCACCACAUCUCUGCGCAACCUGUGCCAGUGCCUCAGCACCCUUACAGCAACAAACUUCUUCCUUCUUCUUCUUUGGUCUAAAAUACUUACAGGUGCAAUGUGAGACCAAGGAGUAUCCUAGAUCUUUAGUGAGUGUCCCUGAGGGAGAUUAUGUAUACCUCAAAUGGUGUGAAAUACUUACGUCUAGGUUCCUGAAUAUCAUGCUCAGCGCUAGGCUGUGUCACCUGUAUUUAGGUGAUUCCAAUGUUAGGUUUGGUUCCUGGAUGAGCAUCCUGAAGUAAUCAGUGGAAGCAGUCUGAGCUGCAUUACUUGAAUUAUCCUGGUGUUGAUCAAAGAGUUUCUGAUAAGUGUCUGUCUUCCACCUUUAUUGAUUCAUGUUGCUACUGGGUUGAUAUGGGAAUGGAUCUGUUACAGACAACGAGGUGUUGGGUACUAUGGGAAUUGCACAGCAAGAUGGACAAUGUUAUGGCACAAACAUGUACUGUCAUUUUGCCAGGAAAUAACAGAAAAUAAAACAUUAAGUUACCAAAAAAAUCUGCUACCACCUCUUUCAAUCUCUGUAAGAUUGAUUUCAAUGCUGCUGAGGGUAAAGGAUACCGAUUUGUGGCAACCCUGCACAGGGUGAGCAUCCUAACAUGAGAAGUCCUCCUUGAUGACCCUGCAAAGCCAUCUAUCUCUGCUGAGGGGGAGAACUGUUCCAUCAGCCAUCUAUUUGCCUCCUGCAUCCUAAGUUUGGCACUUCUUGUAGGUUAAUAUGAGUUUAUCAGAGCCUGGAAUUUCGUUUCAUCACCUUGUACUGGUGAAGCUAAGAAAUGGAAGAAUGCUUGCCCUCAGCAAUCUAGUUUAAACCUAGAUAUCACAAAUGGAUUUUUGUGUUAUGACCUGUGAAAUGUGAACAACUCAUUAGAAAAGUCUAAAGAGAUGAUGAACUUUUCAUUAUCCAGGUUGGUUUCCAAACAGAUUUUCAGGCUAAGUUAUGAAUUCAUCAUGCACCUUGAUUUGAGACUGUUGACUCUGGCAAUACUCUUAUUGGAGUUUGUGUGAACUGAGAGUGAGAAUAUCCUUCAGGAUCUCUUGAUGGAUCACAUGUUGAAAUUAUGGACUCCUUCUUGUAAUUUUAUUUAUUGGACCAUGAACCGCGUGUAGAAAGAACAAAGGAAUAAUGGGACAGAGAGGCAUUAAUCAUACACUGAAAUUCCUAAUGAGACAGUGAUCAGCAUUAAGAAGAAAGAUGUCUUGCAAGAUGGAGUAGAAAAGAACUUGCCACCUUGGUAAAGAAAAGAUCAGGGUCACACUCCUGGAGAGAAACAGUUCAAUACGGCGAGCAGUGCCCAGCAUCAGAAAUGCCUUUCUCACUAAGCACAGCUUUGGUCAGUAUGAUAUGCUGUCUGAAAGGCUUGGAUUUUGAUGUGGAGAGUGUUUAAGCAGCACACAAAGCAGUUUGGUGUAUUUCACAGGAUGAACGUAGCUGACAAUGUAUUUUUAGAAACACAUUGGAAUGGCUUUUGUUCAAGUCUGAAAUGUGUCUCAUUGCAGUAACUUCUUCAGAACUCUUUUGGUAGGAAUUGUGUUUCAGUGUUAUUUUUAUGGUUAAUUAUGAGGUCUGUUAUUUCUGGUCAGAAGCUUUCCCUUGCAAGUGAAAAAAUAUCACUUGUCCUUUGUUAUUAUAAUCAUCUCCAAUAUAUACAUAUAUUUCCAAGCUAUUGUACCUAUUCCUACUUAUGAAAACGUAUUAGAUUUCCUCUAUUGAACCUUUUUUUUUAAUGUAAAAUGUGGACCACUUCCUGAUGAAAGUAGCUUAGCCUUCAGAUCUCACUGACAUUAAUGGUGAUCAUAAAGAACAGGAGUAACCCCUUUGUGUCCACAGAAUUUGCUCACAUUGUUGUCCAUUCAGCUGUGAUUGUCCUAGAUCAGUAGCUUGCAGGUUCCAUAAGGAAACUACCAGCAUCCCAAGUACUCAUAAUUCAAAAACAACCUCUUAGCACUGACAGAUACCAGACUAGUGACAUGGUUUUGAAAUGAAUCUGAAAGAAAUCCAGAGCUUGAUUUCAAUAGGAUUUAGGCAUUUGAAUACCAAGGGUUGGUAUGCAACAGCACCGAAAAUCUGUAUCUAAGGGCAAAGUCCAUUAGGAGAACCUAAAUUGUUAGUUCAGAGGUUGAAUUAUGAUCCUUACAUACUCAGCAUCUUCUGGCUAAAGGGCCUCCAACUCUACCACCUAUCUGCGUUGCCAGUUCUGGGUCAUGGGCCCCGUGCAAGCUCAGCACCACAUGGGGCUUGGAAGAUCUGAUGGAUGUGGAACUGGAGUUGGGUGGGGAACUGGAGCAUCACUCUUCACCAGACUUGACCUGCUAGAUCUUUUCAAGCCACGCUUAUAAGGCACUGUGUUCUAUCUUUAAUAGCCUGUAGGAGAAUGUGAAGAAAUUUCUUCAUGAAAAGCAUUUUAAAUUGUCAUUCUAAGCAUUUUUUACCUGAGAGACUUAUGGAUUAGAGGAUGAAAUAAAAGAGGUGGCUUUCUCAGCCUGAGGCUUCAAACCAACAAUUGUCUCCUUCUGGGAAAAUGCCCUUCUCUGUACACAGCAUGCUGUGCUGAGUGGCUUAGGAUAAACCUGGUAUUUCUCAUCUCCUAUGAAAGCUAUGUUGUGAGGAAUAAAAAAUUCUUUUUAAAUAUGCCAGAGCAAGUUCAGCGCAAGAUCCUAUCUCUGUGUCACACAGGGUCAUACGCUCAGCAGGAGGGAGGAGGACUUUCAGAUUUCAAAACCGAUGCUUUAUUGUGUUUGCUUAAUGUAAAAGGCACAACUGCCCUGAGGGCAGACCCUCUUCUUGUCUGCCAGCUUCCAGGCACCAGCUAUGAGUCUGUCUUCUUGUCUCAUUUACCACAUGCUUUAUCUUUUUGGCUGCUUCAGUUGCGGUCCCCUGGGACUGACCGACUUGAAUUCCACAAACAAAGCUGCUUUAUGUUUGCCCACCUGCUGCUUCACUUUCUAAACACCUUCACUUUCUGAAUACCAGCAGAUCAUUGCCACCAGCUCACUGCCUGAAACAAGUGGAAACAUCCAUAAACUGGGUUUUGUGUGCAUUGCAGUGCUGGAAGGGAAGCCAUGUGAGAAAGGCAAAUGUUUACUCAGUGGGACGUUUCUGAGCAACCCAAACGCUCUGCAUGUGUAUUGUUAAUGUGCCUGGCAGAGAAGAAAGCUGACAGUCAAUCAAGGGGCACAGCAGUUGCCCGUGGUGCAAGCAACAAAUGAUCAGUCACCACUGUGCUCUUGGUUCAAGUGGUUUCUGGUGGGGGAAUGAAUGCAGCCACCUCCUUCAGAUGCACAUCUAUGGGUCCUGACUUACACUGGAGAUAUCUCACAGAACAUGACCCAAAGUAUGAAGGGAAGAAGAAACUGAAGAUUUCGGGCAGAGAUCUGGCAUCAGUCCCUGCGCAGGUCUUUGGUCUGGACCAGCUGCAGGCCCUGGAGAUGAGUCCAGAACGAGAGAGCUGCCUGAGGUACCGCAUGGAGCUGCUGCCCCGUGAGAUCAGCCGCUUGAAAAACCUAACCCUCCUCUACAUGGACUCCAACAACCUGAAGAAAAUCCCUGCUGAAAUUGGCACCUUGAGGCACUUAGAGAGGCUGACACUGAGCAACAACCACCUGAGCUCCCUGCCACCAGAAAUGGGGGCCCUGCAGCAGCUGCACAGCCUCCAUCUGGCUAACAACAACUUCACCCACCUGCCUUCAGUCCUCUGCCAGCUGAGGAGCCUCACCUUCCUGGACCUGAGUGACAACAAAAUACACACUGUCCCCUCCAGCAUCCGGCAGCUGGAGAAGCUGGAAACAUUGCUGCUGCUCUUCAACUCACUGGAAAAUCUGCCCGAGGAUGUCUGUCUUUUAAGGAAUCUGCACACACUUUGGCUGGGAAACAACCGUCUGCGAUCCCUACCACCACGGUUUGGGGAACUGGUCAACCUGGACUGGGGUUACAACUACUGUUCCUGCAAUUUUGAAGGGAAUCCACUAGAAAGUCCUCCCCCUGAAGUCUGUAGCAGAGGUUCCGAGGAGAUCAGAGACUAUUUCUUGUCAUUUCAAAGAGUACUGGCAGAAUAGAUGACCUGGGUCAGCCCUUCAGCUGACUGACGUGGGUUUACGCUGUGCAAAUCAUCUGCACAAGUGAAAUGUGUUUCAGAUGGAAAAAUGUGGUGAAAUCACUCUGUGAAGCUCAAAAGCUUCCUCUCUGCUACAAGGUGAUUUUUCUGACAGUCUUUUUUUGACACUGGUAUUGAAUGAUGGUGUAUAUCUUUCAGCAAUUGUCUCAAGGACAGCUAUAAUCUUUUCAUUAUUUAUGGCUGUAUAAAUCUGUCUCAUGAAAUGCUGCAGCCAAACAUUCAGUCAGAGAAAAUGAACAAUAUCAAGUCAGGGAGGAUAGAGUCAGGUAAACACCUUGUGGUCUGUAAACAGAAAUAACAUGUUUGCACACUGAGUCAGUGCUUGAGUCUGGGCUUGGACAAGUGCCGAUUGAGAUUUAUGCUGGUGUUUAAGGCCAUUCAGACUUGUGGAUUUAGAUUUGCUUCAAGUGGCUCAGAAUCUCUUUACUUUCCACAGUACUUUGCUGUUUUGCACUUGUAGAAUCAUCUCAGGCUUAUGGAUAGAAACAGCCUAUGUCCAGGUCCCAGAAGGUACUAUCCAAGUGAUGUCUCCACUGCUUUGGCAGGACAUAAUGUGUAUCUUAUCAUGCUUCUCUUGCAUGCUUUUCUUGAGCAACAGAUUUGGUACCAAACUUUGGCUCUCCUGGGAAGCAGCACAGAGCUGGGGCUGGCAUGUCAAUCCCUCUGGAGUUACACAGAGCAAUAAACCUCAGUGAUACAUCUCCAUGGAAUGUGGGUAGCCCAGCUUUAGAGUAUGCAACCCCAGCAGAAGGUUUCCACAUCUACCAUGUCUGGGAGAGUGUGCAGAGAUAUUAAAAUACAAGUAUGCAAACUUCCUGCUAGGGAAUAUUUCUGAGAAUUCUUGUUUACAGUCAUAGAAGUCUUCAUCAGUGUGGCAUUAUGGAAAUCUGCUGAGACUCUUUCAUUUUACUCUCUCUUCCCUUAAUCUCUCAUCAGCAUUUUCUCCCCAUCUCCUUUUGCUCUUGUGUGUUUUCUCCCUGGCUCUUGCCUCUUUUUCAUUGUUGCCUCCUGAAAAGCAUCUCUUUCCCUUAUAAAUGCCUUUAUUUGCCUUUUUUCUCCUUUGUCUUUUAUCUUUCAUUUGACCAGUGUGCAGAAAGCUGCAGCUUUCUGUCUUGCCAGAGAAGAAGGAGGAUGCAGUUGGGCCUUCUGGGUUCCGAGCAUGGGCUUCCAGGGUUUGUGGAGAAAGGGACUGUUGGUGUUUGAGACACUGAUAUAUGGACCAUUAAGUCUGUUGUUCAGGCAUUUUCUUCUCCUUGGUCAGCAGGAGAAGAGCGAACCAGAACAGAUGCUGAAAUUGAACUGAGUAACAAAGCACAGCUGCAGAUAUUCUUGGCAUGGUCUGAUUUGUACAGUGCUCUGACACUGGGUCUGCCCCUGACCUUUGUGCUGUGAAGUUUUCAAGCCAGAAUCACCUGUUGGUGAUUUACUAACCAGAUUUGGUGUAGGUGUAGUAUAUCACAUAGCAGUAAAUUAAUGCAUGAUAAUGAUGGGCAUGCAAUAAUGCCACAGCAGUUUCUUUCUUUGUUUUUCUGCAGGCAAUUAUUUUUAAAAGGCUUGGAGGCGAUUUAUGUGGCACAGGAAAUAGAAGAUUAAAGGGAUUAUGUCACCUUGCUUGUCUGGGUCUUCUGUGGCAGCAUAAAGAAUCAGAAACCUGUUUACUUUUCAAAGGAGAUUUGCAGCAUGAUAGGAGACUGUUAUGUGAAGUAGCUCCUAAAGCUGCUGUUAGCUGAGAUAGAGGGUGUAUCAAGGUGGCAACACUACAGUCACUGAAGGACUCGGUUUUUGUGUCUGUUUCUAUUAUUGAUUCAUUGUAUGGACUUGAGAAGUUAUUCUCAAGGUCUGCUGUUGCAUUUACUUGUUCUGGGACAAAUGUGAGACUGAAAUUCCCUAAGUGUGAUCUUUUUAGAGACUUACAUCGUCCACACUGAAUCCUGCCAGGUCAACAUCUUUAGCCAUGUGGUAAGAGGGGCAGUUUCUCAUGUCCUCUUUCAAACCAUUUAGAUCCUGUCUUGCUGUUUCUCUUCUGCACUGCACAAGUUUUGGUUUUGAAGUUCUAUUUCCUUUCCCUUCAGCUUCAUGGGCAGUGAUUCCCAAAUGGAAGCAGGCUUCAGCUUGCUUGGGGAGUUUGCAGCAUCUCACAGCAUUCAUUUUUAGUUUUGGCCAACAACAUUUCAGAUAGAGUCAUAGAAUCAUAGAAUCACCAAGGUUGUAAAAGACCUCCAACAUCAUCCAAUGUCAGAGGAUCCUGUAAGUUUCACAUUGAGAAGCUGAGCUCAUUCCAAAGGCAGUCAGAGUUUACUUUAUCUAGUCCUUUCCCUCCAAUAACUCUGUGAAUUCUAAAGCACGAUUAUAUUGAUUAACCAUGCAACUGUUCUUCCUGGUAAUAAUUUGAUCUAAAAAAGAGUUUUAAGGCCUAUGAAAACAUGGAAUCUCUAAAAACUAGUGUCCACACCUUUGCUAAAGUUCUUCAGUCUGUAUGGAUCAAGAGAAACUUCAUAAAAUCAAUGGAAGUGAGAGCACUUUGCCCAUACCAUCAAGCAGCUUGGAUAGACUGAAUGUCAUGCAGCAAGAAGAAAUUCUCCUUCUCUAUCAUGCUGCCUGAUGCCUCUUCACCUCCCUUAGUGGCUUUCAAAAUCUAAUUUCCCAAAAUAGAAACCCCAGUAGUGUGUAAGUGUUGUAGUAUUCCAGCAUCAGUGUUAGUGCCUUAGUUACACAGAGUAAUAACUAUAUCUUGGUAUUGUCAUUAAGAUGGUAUUAAAAUCUAAUUUCAAACUGCUUA